AUGGAUCGUAACGGACAUGUCGAUCAACAAAGUGUCAACACGACAUCAAUAGAGACGUCACACAUCCAAUCCGAUUUAGAUGAUAGUAUCAGGUUCUGGGAGUUAGAAGAAAAACCGGAACACACAAUAUUUACAGAGGAGGAAUUAUUGUGUGAAAGGCAUUUUUCUGAAACAUUUCGUAGACUUGAGGAAGGACGCUAUCAGGUUGACUUACCUUUUAUACCAGAUGAGCGUCCCGUAUCACUUGGAAGUUCAAGACACAUUGCGAUUGCUAGGCUUUUCGGCAUGGAGAAGCAAUUUUCAAAAAAUGAGGUAUUGAAAGACAACUACAACAAGUGCAUAGCAGAAUAUUUAGAUAUGAACCAUAUGGAGCAAGUGAAUUCAAUGGAAUUAAAAAAUCAACGACAACAAAUCAUCUCGAAUUAUUUGUCACAUCACGGUGUCAUAAAGGAAAGUAGCUCAACUACGAAACUACGAGUGGUUUUUGAUGCAUCACGGCCUACUUCAAAUGGUUCAUCAUUAAAUGGCAAAACAUUAAAGGGCCCGGUCAUACAAGAUGAUUUAUCUACUCUUCUAUUACGUUUUCGAAAAUAUAAAAUUGCAUUUACAGCAGAUUUGGAGAAGAUGUAUAGGCAAAUCCGAAUCGCACCGCAACAUGCCGAUUAUCAAAGAGUAGUCUGGAGAGAUUCUCCGAGUCAAUCAAUUCGGGACUACAAAUUAACUACAGUAACAUUUGGUACAAAAUCAGCACCGUUUCUAGCAACAGGAGUAUUAAAACAGUUGGCGAUAGAUAAAAAGGUAAACUAUCCUAUUGCAUCAAGAAUAACGUUGGAUUCAUUUUAUGUGGAUGAUCUGCUGUCGGGUGCGGAUUCUAUCGAAAAGGCAUUAGAAAUGCAAAAACAAUUAUUGAACAUGAUGGCUUCGGGCGGAUUCUCUUUGCGCAAGUGGUCAUCAAACGCAGCUGAACUACUAGAGGCCCUUCCACAAGAACAUCGAGAAAUCAAUUGGCCUUUAAAAAUUGAGGAAGCUGAAACAGUCAAAACAUUGGGCAUACAAUGGGAUCCAGCAAACGACCAAUUUUCGUAUAAAAUUUCCCUACUAGAAAAUGAUUCACGGAAAUGGACAAAGCGAACAAUAUUGUCGGAGGUUUCAAAACUCUUUGAUCCUCUCGGCUGGUUGGCACCUUGUAUCAUUAUAGCUAAGAUAAUGAUACAAAAAUUAUGGCUUUUGGGUUCAGGCUGGGAUGAUGAAAUAGAAAGGAGCUUGCACGAUGAAUGGCAGAUUUACAGGAAGACUCUUGUUCAUCUGGAAGCACUACGUAUAAACAGAUGGUUCUACUAUUCAACAUCGGCAAAUAAAAUAGAACUACAUGGAUUUUAUGAUGCCUCGAUAAAGGCGUAUGCUGCAGUGGUCUACCUGGUUGUCAUAGACGAAAAGGGAGGCCGAAAAACUAGCAUGUUAACUGCAAAAUCAAAGGUGGUUCCAAUAAAAACAAUAUCUUUUGAGCGGCGCAGCAUUAUUGGCGAAACUUAUGAAAUAUGUCCAGCGAGUAUUGAAAAUUCAAAAUAUAUCGAAGGUGCAAGUUUGAACAGAUUCAGAGAUCGUGUUGGCUUGGUUGCGGGCUCACCCGAGCAAAUGGACAACGUUUAUAGCAAAUAG